AUGGCUGGAGUCCAGUACACCGAGGAUGUUACUGUGUCACAACCAAACCCGUUGUUCGACGAUGCUGGUCCUCUGGCUGACCCUCUGGAACGGCGAGUCAUCUUCGCUGCCCUGGAUUCUUUUCACCAGUUUCGGAGGAACGCACACUUCAACACAACUCACCGAAGGCGGCAGAAUCUCUACGCUCUACCAUCGACACAAUGGCAAAUGCUUGCAGCCCCUCCCUUUUCCAUCCUGGACACCCUGAACGACGUUGAUGAUGCAUUGGACCACAACGCCGACUUGGCAGACCAAAUAUUUCACUUAGGAUUAGGCGCAUUUGGGCUUCCCGAAAAACCGCCCAAAGACUCGGAGAUGAACUGGCAAGGGAAAGCGAAACCCAACGACAUCUCCAAAGCGCAUUCGACCAUCCGUCAGUUCUAUCGAGAUUGGACCCACGAAGGAUUCACGCUCGAGGUCGAACCGCUCCUCAAGACGAUCCUCUCCGACCUCGAAUCAAGCCUCCCUGCGGGACGACAAACCCAUGACCAGCCUCCAUCACUCCUUCUUCCAGGUGCGGGACUCGGUCGUGUACUAUUUGAGCUCGCCCUGCGAGGCUUUCAUGCCACAGGCAACGAGAUCUCGUACCACCAACUGCUCGCGAGCAAUUUCAUUCUCAACAGCUGUGAUCAUGCUAACCAAUACCCGAUCUACCCAUUUGCACAUACAUUCACAAACGUCGUGUCCCGGGCAAAUCAACUCAAACGCUACACCGUUCCGGAUGUGCAUCCAGGUGAAGCCUUCUCUGCUCGACUUUCUGCGGGACUACCGGUCGGUGAGAUGAACAUGACCGCUGGGGAUUUCGUGCUCUCCUACUCCACCCCAGAAUCCAAAGAGACAUUCGAUGGAGUGGUGUCGCUUUUCUUCAUCGACACGACGCCAAACCUCCUUCGCUAUAUCGAGACGGUGCGGAAUUGCUUAAAGGAAGGUGGCGUGUGGAUCAACAUCGGCCCCCUGCUGUGGCACUUUGACGAUCGUGCGCCCGGAGGGAAUACCGAUGACGAUGGCGACGACGACGACGCAGAAACGGGCGCAGAGAAUGCGCGUCCAGGAUCUGGAGCCAAAAGCCGCCAGCCAAAGCCCGACCUCGAAGACAAAGGGAUCGGCGAACCAGGCUCCUUCGAACUCACAGACGAGGAGGUCGUCCUGCUCGUUUCGCGCAUGGGCUUCGACGUGAUUACGCACGAAAUCCUCCCCACCGGUUCGGGCUACAUUCAGGAUCCGAACAGCUUGUUGCAGAAUGGGUACCGGUGCAGUCACUGGGUCGCGAGGAAAGUCUGUUGA